AUGGCGGCCGACGUCCCCGGAUCACCGCUCGCCAAAAAUGCCACGACGGAGGAGGCCCUGGCCUGGUACAAGUCUCAGUACGAAGAGCUUGAGCAGGAACUCAAGGAAUUCCAGCAGUCGUCCAAGGAACUCGAGGCCGAGCUGGAAAAGGACCUGGACGCUGCCGAUAAGAGAGAGCGCGCCCUACAGCAAAAGGCCGAGGGAUUAUCCUACGAGGUAGAGGAGUGGAAGAGAAAAUACAAAGAAUCAAAAUCAGAGGCAAAUGCUGCGCAAAGUGCGCUUGAGAAGGAAAUCACGGCUCUGCGCGAGACCAACAGAACCCUCCAGCUAAAGCUACGCGAUAUCGAAGUGGCCAACGAUGACUUUGAGCGCCAAGCCCGAAACACGUCGUCCUCGCUGGAGGACCUCGAAUCCAAGUACAAUGUCGCGAUUGAACGCGCCGUCAUGAUGGAGGAGGAAAUCAAGAUUGGGGAGCAGGAAAGAGAACGGUUGCGCGUCGAAGCCCAGCGAUUGCGCGAAGAACUGUCCGACCUGAAGAUUGAGGCCGAAAUCUUGCAGUCCAAGCUUAGGAAGCACCAAGCCCGUGGCCAUCUCACACAAAUUACCACCACUAUCGCCCCCGCGCCUGCCUCACCGCUGUCGACCGCCAGCUCGCCCUUGGUCUCAACUCCACCCGAUACCAAGUCCCUGUCCACGAUCGACACCUUGUCCGAAGUGCAAGAUCCACCAUCGCCGCCCAUGUCCGAUGCCUCGCUGGGCAAGGGUCUUAGGGCGUCUAGGAGCACCCCCGUCAAGCAGACGGCUUCUAGACCAGGCGGGUGCCGGACACCCAAGACGUCCAUCUCCAAGUCAGCCGCCGCCAAGUCGUCAGCCCAGGCAACUCACAAGGCUAACCAGUCCUUCAGCGAAAACAAUAUCACGCCCAAGCCGAAGCCGCUCAGCUCGUCGACUUCCUCGCAAUCGAACCGUCCCUCCAACGGCCGCUUCAACACCAACAGCUAUCCCAUGGUGCGCACGCCAUCGUCAAGGCCCUCGGGCGCUAGAGCCGCCGAGAGGCCACGGGCACCGGUACACAGGAUUCCUCCGUCCAACUCUCUCACCCAUAUCCGAACCCUUACCGCACAGAUGCAGAAACUCGAAGCCCGCGUUCACUCGGCUCGCUCCAAGCUUCCGGCCACAGCGCAGACGCCACCUAAGCAGUCGCCGCGCUUCAGCGGAGGCAUCGGAGGCCUUGCCGCCACGGUAGCCAUGCGGGGGAAGAAGCAGCGGGGGGUCGGGGCCUCUACCUCUUCGCUCAACCUGCUGGACGAUGACAACGCGUCCGAUAUUUCAGGCACGCACAGCAACCCCGACUUCCGCAGCAGCACCUUGAAUCUCAGCAAGCACAUCCCCAGACUUAGCACGUCAGGAGUGUCGCGCAUAGCCUUUGGGCCUCUACCGAUCCGCCACCCCGCCUCUGCCGCAGCCUCAACAACAUCUACAAGCACAGCAACCGCCACCAACGUCGACUCGGAAGUCUCCCGGCCCAGCAGCCGAGCUAGUUCCUCGGGCUACGGCCGGCCCAUCAGCCGAGCCGAUUCCCACUCCACAGCAGCAUCAGGGUACAUGCCCUCGUCUUCCUCGCGACCCAUCAGCCGAACCAGUCUACCUGGACAUGGGACACGAACUCCCGUAGGCUCGUGGCCACGCAGCUCGGGGAAUCUGAGCGCAUAUGGCCACGGCCCGGCCCACAGCCAAGCGAGCAUCAGCUACAGCACAGCCGAAGAGGACGAGCUUACGGACGAUGGACAGAGGGAACUGAGGUCAAAGACGAUGCCAGCGAGGAGGAGGACAGGGACACUGAGUGCACGCGACGCCCCGGAUCAUCACCACACGGGUAUUCCGAUACCGGGCAGUGGGGGAAACAGGAGGCAGAGUGGCAGCUCGAGUGCGAGUCGGUCAAGUGUUACAGGCAGUUUGAACCUGAGGAGGCAGAGCAACGCGGCGGCUCUAGGGCACGGGCAUGGACAUAAUGCGGGUUAUGGACAUGGACAUGGAACGGUGCCAGGGGGGACAACAGUGAGAAAGGUGGUGGACUUGGGGGAGACUUAUUGA